GUAUCCCGGGAGGCAUUGCGGUUUCUAAGAUGGCGGAUGUGAAAGUGUCCUAUCUCCGGCAGCAGGAGGCGGAGCGCGGGAAAUGUAACAAUUUAUGUAACAUUUUAUGUAAGGACUGAAAAGUUACAGCUCCCCCGGAAGUGGCCGCUCGGUGCCGACUUUUUUCCAUUUGAAACCAGAAAAUUGACCGCAUUUCCCUCCGGGCCAUGAAGCCCAGGGUUGAGGACACUGCACUUGGGCAGCAGCCGCGAGCAGCGGCCUCGGGAAACCGAAAGCGGCGGCUCGAAGCGGCCUUCCCCGGGCCCGGAGGAGGAGAGGACCCGGACAAGAAGCCCCCGCCCCGGCGAUCAAACACGGCGAUGACCCCGGCCGGGCCUGACCAGCAGCAAAUGCCAGCCGCUGAGGAGGGCACCUCUUCUGGGCCAACAAGCCCUGCAGAGACCGGCAUGAGCACCUCAGAGCAGAGUGACUCGGAUGGCUUCAGCGCUGACGAUGAGUUUCCUAUGGCGUUUCAUCGAAAAUCUGAGGAGCUGUCAGUGUAUGAGAAGAAGCGACUGAAAAACAUUCAGGAAAAUGCCCGGUUCUUUGCAUCUUUGAAUAUGCUGCAGACUGCUGAAAAACUCAGAGAAAUCAGUAAAAAGCAGCCAGUAAAAAGACCAAAGGCGCCUAAAAGAAAGAAACUGCAAAGCUCUGGGCAGCAGCCUAUAGUUCGCCGAUCGAUGCGUUUACUGAGAUUAGACCCAGGAGGUGCCCCACUCCCAGAAACGCCAAUAGAAAUACAAGAGAAGGUGGAAGAGAGGAUUUCUGGGCCGCUGAAAAUGGUUCGAGAUGAUGAAGAAGACAGCAAAAUAACAGAGAAUCUGAUGAAGACAUGGCUGGAGAUGAGCCAGGGGGAGAUGUAUACUGAAGAAAAACAGUCGGUUGAGCUAAAAAUGUACAAGUCCAGUUUGCACAGGAUGACCAUGCAAGAAGGUCUUGUUGCUAAAGUGACGCCAACCCGGGUUAGCUCGUUGGCCUUUCAUCCCUCUCCAAGCACCUUUCUGGUUGCUGCUGGGAGCACUUAUGGAUACGUUGGACUGUGGGAUCUGAGUUCCCAGGAGGGUACAGUCCAUCAUUUCAAGCCUCACUGCAACACUGUUAACUGUUUGCAUUUUUCACCUUCUAACUCUGCUGAGCUCCUGUCGCUAAGCAAUGAAGGGAGUAUUCGUUGUGGAAAUGUAGCUGCUGCUAUCUUUGAUGAGGUCUAUACAUCCGACACGUGGGAUACAUCUUCCUUUGAUUUCUUGGCUGAAGAUGGUUCCAGAUUGAUUGUCAGUCACUGGGAUGGGAAUGUGUUUGUUGUUGACAGACGGACCCCAAGCACUUCAGGGGAACUGAAUGCGUUCCUGGGCAUAAACCAGUUUCGGACAGUCAGUGUUCACCCAGUGCAUCGUCAGUAUUUUGUAGCUGCUGGAACACGAUGUGUAGCUGUCUAUGAUGUUCGGAAUCUAAAAACAUCACCCAAAAAGGCUGUAGCUUCCCUCGGGGAACACACAAAGAAUGUAAACUCUGCCUACUUCUCACCUCUUACCGGUAAUAAUGUGGUGACUGUCUGCAUGGAUGACAGGAUCAGAAUAUUUGACACCAGUGCCAUAAUUCCCAGGAUUCCAGUUGUGACAUCAAUAACACAUAACAAUUUCACUGGGCGCUGGCUGACUAAAUUCCGGGCAGUGUGGGACCCUAAAAGGGACGACUGCUUCAUUGUAGGUAGUAUGGCCAGGCCGAGGCAGAUUGAAGUGUUCCAUGUUACGGGCUCCAAAGUGCGAGAAUUCAGGGACACAGAAUGGCUGGGGUCUAUCUGCUCCAUAAAUGUCAUGCAUCCAACAAGGAAUAUACUGGUUGGUGGAAACUCCAGUGGACGCCUUCAUGUUUUCGCCGAUGGCCCAUUGAGUGGAUAAUAGUGGAACUUCCUGCAGAAUCUGAGGACUGAUGCUCAGUCACGGUAACAUUGAAGACGGGACUCUAACUGGUUUAUGUGCUGUAUGUUGAGGAAAAAAGCCUCUGGAAGUUUGGCGUUUUGUCUACACUGUUCAGUAUAAAUUUUAAUUGAUAUAUAAACUGCUUAAGUGAGUGGUAUACAGUUGAGAUCCAGUAACAUGUACAAACUAGAAAUCACCACAGAUCUGCUGGGUUAAUGGGUAAAGGCACAUGCUGCUGUUAUGUUGUUCUCUGGAACCUGAUCAUUUUGGUAAAUCAGACUCUUAAGAGAUCUGUUCAGAUGAUUCAGGGCAUCUUUACUGAACGCUGUUAUAGAACAUAGAACAGUACAGCACAGAACAGGCCCUUCAGCCCACAAUGUUGUGCCGACCAUUGAUCCUCAUGUAUGCACCCUCAAAUUUCUGUGACCAUAUGCAUGUCCAGCAGUCUCUUAAAUGACCCCAAUGACCUUGCUUCCACAACUGCUGCUGGCAACGCAUUCCAUGCUCUCACAACUCUCUGUGUAAAGAACCCGCCUCUGACAUCCCCUCUAUACUUUCCACCAACCAGCUUAAAACUAUGACCCCUCGUGCUAGCCAUUUCUGCCCUGGGAAAUAGUCUCUGGCUAUCAACUCUAUCUAUGCCUCUCAUUAUCUUGUAUAUCUCAAUUAGGUCCCCUCUCCUCCUCCUUUUCUCCAAUGAAAAGAGACCGAGCUCAGUCAACCUCUCUUCAUAAGAUAAGCCCUCCAGUCCAGGCAGCAUCCCGGUAAACCUCCUUUGAACCCUCUCCAAAGCAUCCACAUCUUUCCUAUAAUAGGGCGACCAGAACUGGACGCAGUAUUCCAAGUGCGGUCUAACCAAAGUUUUAUAGAGCUGCAACAAGAUCUCACGACUCUUAAACUCAAUCCCCCUGUUAAUGAAAGCCAAAACACCAUAUGCUUUCUUAACAACCCUGUCCACUUUGGCGGCCAUUUUAAGGGAUCUCUGUAUCUGCACACCAAGAUCCCUCUGUUCCUCCGCACUGCCAAGAAUCCUAUCCUUAAUCCUGUACUCGGCUUUCAAAUUCGACCUUCCAAAAUGCAUCACCUCGCAUUUAUCCAGGUUGAACUCCAUCUGCCACCUCUCAGCCCAUCUCUGCAUCCUGUCAAUGUCCCGCUGCAGCCUACAACAGCCCUCUAUACUGUCAACGACACCUCCGACCUUUGUGUCAUCUGCAAACUUGCUGACCCAUCCUUCAAUCCCCUCAUCCAAGUCAUUAAUAAAAAUUACAAACAGUAGAGGCCCAAGGACAGAGCCCUGUGGAACCCCACUCACCACUGACUUCCAGGCAGAAUAUUUUCCCUCUACUACCACUCGCUGUCUUCUGUUGGCCAGCCAAUUCUGUAUCCAAGCAGCUAAGUUCCCCUGUAUCCCAUUCCUCCUGACCUUCUGAAUGAGCCUACCAUGGGGAACCUUAUCAAAUGCCUUACUGAAGUCCAUAUACACCACAUCCACAGCUCGACCCUCAUCAACUUUUCUAGUCACAUCCUCAAAAAACUCUAGGGUUUGUGAGGCAUGACCUACCCCUCUCAAAGCCGUGUUGACUGUAUUUGAUCAAGCCAUGCUCUUCCAGAUGGUCAUAAAUCUUAUCCCUCAGAAUCCUUUCUAACACCUUGCAGAUGACAGACGUGAGACUUACUGGUCUGUAAUUGCCGGGGAUUUCCCUAUUUCCUUUCUUGAAGAGAGGAAUUACAUUUGCCUCUCUCCAGUCCUCAGGUACGACUCCAGCGGAGAGCGAGGAUGCAAAGAUCUUCGCAAGUGGCGAAGCAAUUUCAUUUCUCGCUUCCCAAAGCAGCCGAGGACAAAUCUGGUCCGGGCCUGGCGACUUGUCAAUCUUAAUGUUUGACAAAAUUUUCAGCACAUCAGCUUCCUCUAUCUCUAUCCAUUCCAGCAUGCACACCUGCUCUUCAAAGGUUUCAUUCACUACAAAGUUCAUUUCUUUCAUAAAGACAGAAGCAAAAAACUCAUUUAGGGCUUCCCCUACCUCCUCAGGCUCCACACACAAGUUCCCUAUGCUAUCCCUGAUCGGCCCUACUCUUUCUUUGACCAUUCUCUUAUUCCUCACAUAAGUGUAAAAUGCCUUUGUGUUUUCCCUGAUUCGUUCUGCCAAGCCUUUCUCGUGCCCCCUCCUGGCUCUCCUCAGACCAUUUUUGAGCUCCUUCCUUGCCUGCGAGUAAUCCUCUCUAGCUGAACUUGACCCUAGCUUCCUCCACCUUAUGUAAGCUUCCUUCUUCCUUUUCACAAGAAGCUCCACCGCUCUCGUCAUCCAAGGUUCCUUUAUCUUACCCCUUCUUGCCUGUCUCAGAGGGACAUAUUUAUUCAUCACUCGCAACAACUGUUCCUUAAACAGUCUCCACAUGUCUAUAGUGCCUUUACCAUGGAACAAUUGCUCCCAGUCCAUGCUUCCUAACUCAUGUCUAAUCGCAUCAUAAUUUCCUCUUCCCCAAUUAAAUAUCCUCCCAUUUUGCCUAAUCCUCUCCUUCUCCAUAGCUAUGUAGAAUGUGAGGCAGUUAUGGUCACUAUCACCAAAAUGGUCUCCCACCACAAGAUCUGAUACCUGCCCCGGCUCGUUUUCGAGCACCAAGUCUAGAAUGGCCUCUCCCCUCGUCGGCCUGACAACGUACUGCGUUAGGAAACCCUCCUGAACUCACCUUACAAAAACAGCUCCAUUCAAAUCUUCUGCUCGAAGCAGGUUCCAAUCAAUAUUAGGAAAGUUAAAGUCACCCAUUACAACAACCCUACUGCGUCCACACUUUUCCAAAAUCUGCUGACCUAUGCUUUCUUCAAUCUCCCUGCUGCUACUGGGGGGCUUGUAGUAAACUCCUAAUGAGGUGACUACUCCCUUGCUCUUUCUAAUUUCCACCCGUACUGACUCGGUAGGCAGAUCUUCCUCAACAAAGGAAGCUUCUGUAGCUGUGUUACCCUCUCUGAUUAGUAGUGCUACACCCCCUCCCUAUUCUUUUUAAAUGUUCUAAACCCUGGAACAUCCAGCAACCAUUCCUGCCCAUGAGAAACCCAUGUCUCUGUUCUGGCCACAACAUCAUAGCACCAGGUACUGAUCCAUGCUCUAAGUUCAUCACUUUUAUUCCUGAUACUCCUUGCGUUAAAGCAAACACACUUUAACCGAUCCCUUGGUUCCUUCCCACUAGCUGGUCUACCUCUUGCUACUGCCUCACCUGCAUCAACUCUCACCUCCGGUAUACAGCUCAGGUUCCCACCCCCCUGCCAUACUAGUUUAAACCCUCUCGAACUACUCGAGCAAACCUUCCACCCAGGACAUUGGUCCCCUUCCAGUUCAGAUGCAACCCGUCCUUCUUGUACAGGUCCCACCUUCCCCAGAAGGCAUCCCAAUUAUCUACAUAUCUGAAGCCCUCCCUCCUACACCAGCUGCGUAGCCACGUGUUAAGCUGCGCCCGCUCCCUGUUCCUCGUCUCGCUAUUUCGUGGCACCGGUAGUAAACCAGAGAACACUACUCUGUUCGUCCUGCUCUGCAGCUUCCCUCCUAACUCCCUGAAAUCACUUUUUAUAUCCUCAAUCCUUUUUCUGGCUAUAUCUUAGUGCCAAUAUGUAACACGAUUUCUGGCUGUUCGCCCUCCCCUUUUAGAACCUUAUACACCCGAUCGGAGACGUCCCGGACCCUGGCACCAGGGAGGCAACAUACCUUCCGGGAAUCCCGAUCCUGACCACAAAAUCUCCUGUCGAUUCCCCUAACUAUCGAGUCCCCUACCACGAGUACUUUUCUAUUCUGCCCCCUUUGUUAUGUUUUGAGUUUACAAAGCAAUCAGAAAAAGAGCUUGACUCCUUCGGAUCAGGACCGUGAGCUAAAAUGUCAGAGUUGGUGCUCACUUCACUUGUAGGAAGCCUGUCUCAACAGAUUCACCACUGUGCUGCAAAACAGUGUUUACCUGUUGAGGAAGUAUUUUCUGUCUUUCCCACUAGCUCAGAAAACAAAACCACUGAAAAUGCGGUGAUUUUAUCUCCUCUAUGCCCCAGCAUUGGUGAUAUUAUCCAGUGUAUCUCAGUUGUAAGGUCAAAUAGAGUUCUGCUCAAAAAUAACAGCAAUUGAGUUAUUUUCUGCUGAUUGUCUGUUUGUUUCUGUAUUUUCAGAAAAAAAAUUAUAGUUACUCAUUCUGAGAUUUUAAUACUCCCCAUUCUGAAUUUCUCAUAUCCGCCAUCAAAUAGUGCCAUUAUUCCCUCUCUCUUGGCUCCUCCCUAAUGAUGCUGAUCACCGCUAUAUUUCUUAAUGACACCCCAGAGUUUAGCUCAGAUUCGUGGGAGAAAAUGCGCACAAAUGCAAGAAAAAUGCAGUGAUCAGCAGGUGUAGCAUGGUUACUCAAGGUCUUGAAAGUGGAUCGUGGAGCAUGUUCUUACUGCAGAGCCCACUCAUCAGAAUGUUUAUAUUUUCUUGCUAAAGAGAGUUAGUAUAAUUUUUAAUCCCCUACAGAAUGUAGGAGCAAUGUUUCAUUUAUGAGGCACAGACUUCAAGUAUUCUUAGUGCAGCGCUGUUUUGUUUUUUUUUAAUCAGUAGAGUAGCAGCAAUCUAUUAAACAAUUUUAAAGAGAUGUUUCAAAUAAACUUACCUUUUCAUAUAGUUUACAUGCAUUAUUUGAAUGGCCGUCCUGUAAAGUAGUCUUAAACUAAUGUUUAAUGGUAAUGAUUAAUAUUCAAAAGAAUGAAAUUGUACUGUGGCUGUUUAAGGAUCUGAAUUCAGUCAUUUUCUUUUGAGAAAAUACGCAGUAGAACUCUGUAAACGUGAUCAGAAACUGUCAGAUUAAACUGUCAGAAUAAAACCUCA